UCUUCCUUGCCAUUUGCCUUCUAAAUAUGGCGCCACAGUCGGUGUCAUGGGUGGUGCGGUGGGGACAGUUGGGGUAUUUGCGUCGACCUCUUGAGCUUGGUGCGCUUCCCUGGCCGUUGGCCUGCCUUGUCCCCGAGAAAGGGCGUAUCUAUUUUGAUCCCCGGCCGCCUUCUGUCCGCACACGAAUACAUUGGUUGCCCCUACCACGAGCCUGCGACUUAAGUCGCCGAACCACGUCCCCCAAUUUGGUGGUCGAUCGCGGAUUCCGAAUUGUGAUCUAGACUUUUGUUCGGGUUGUGGUAUGGCAGUCCUAUGCCCUUGGGACUGCGAAAGGUACAUUUCCCUGGACUUGGAGGGAGGGCUUCCGCUCAACGACAUCCGAAACCGCCGACUGAAGCUGUUCCCGAAGGUACUGGAAGGGCCGUGGGUCGUGAGGAAGGCCGUCGGCAAGCCGUGCGUCAUCGGGAAGAAGCUAACGGCGAGAUACUUCCGAAGGCCCGGGUACUUCGAGGUGGACAUCGACGUGGGGUCGAGCACCCUGGCUAGCAACGCCACCCACCUCGCCGGCGGCUACGCCAAGAACCUCGUGCUAGACCUGGCCUUCGCCCUUCAGGUUCGUUCGUCAGCCCCAACACGCGAGACUGCGGUGUGGAUGGAGAGGGCAAGAGAAUGA